AUGAACGAAACAAUGCCCAGCUCGAGCAGUCCGGAGCUCGUCUCGCCAGAUCUCGGUCUAGAUCUACAGGUAAAGCACCUCGAACAACGAAAGAAGGAGGGAGACAGUCUGAAGGAGAGAGGCAGCGAGGUAGAAGGGGAGAAGCCCACCUACAUGCAACACGCACUGGUCUCGUCAGAGUACUUCGACGAGAAGAAUAUCCUGACAAAAAAAGUGCUUUGCAUCAAUUCUUCCCUCUUAUGUGAUGCGCUCAAGCAGGAGGUCAAAUGUUAUCCGUCAUACCGAUCUGGAUUUAAACCCUCAAUCGAGGUCGAAUCUCCGUUUGCAUUGCUGUUCCACCAUCGCUCAGAACUCGGAGCACUCCGUGAAUAUACGACUGAUGAUAAUCUCAGAAAGCACUUGGACUUGCUCUUUGAGUAUCUGGAACAUGAACGAGGUCAUGCGGCAGCUAGGUUGAUGAACAAUGAUCUCAUUACAUUCGAUCUUCUCUGGGCGGUCUUCAAACCGGGAACUUUUGUACUCACUCGUGUAUACGACCAGGAGUGGCUCUUGUGGUUACAAAACACGGCCUACCGAAAGCAUUAUCAAAAGGGCGAAUACCUGGCGCUCGAAUGUUCGCAUUCUAUUCAUGACGGGGAAAAAGAAUGGAAGGUAGUGAAGACCCUGGAAAUAUUCCGUGAUAAGGAGUUUCCUGGGAGUGCACCUACUACAAUUAGAAAGCUUUCGGUAUCUCCCCUGGAGCGACACUCCAAUUCCGAGACAUUAAAAUCAACUCUUAAAAGCAGAGGAGAAACAUAUCAGAGAUUGCAGCAUGGGCGUCCUCAUUACUAUGAGGGUAUGUGUCUGGUUGUCGACAACACUAAGAUAUGGGAUCCCAAAACCUACCCGUGUACAACAGCCGGUCGAGUGGUCAUAGACAACAAACCCUUUUUUGAAGAGCACGAGGCUAUGCGGCCGACUCUUCAAACAUGGGACUAUGACGAUGAAGGCAUUGAUGAAGCCGAUACCGAUUUGCUAUAUCCACCAUAUGUAUAUGGGUACUCGCUGGAUAUGAGGAAAUGGUCCCGGUUUUUUCUCAAUAAUCUGAGUGACGUGAAAUGGGACAAUAACAUGUUCAACCGUCUAUUAUUAGCCGAACCACAGAAACAGCUUUUGAGGUCCUUGGUGUCUAAUCACUCAUACGGAUCAAAUGCCCGUCAUGAAAUCAUUCUGAAAGGGAAAGGGCUAGUAGUAGUUCUUCAUGGUUCACCAGGAACAGGCAAAACACUUACAGCCGCCGCUGUUGCCGAAGAAACCAACAAGCCACUUAUUGUGUUCCCCGCCGGGGAGCUAGGAUAUGAACUUUGGGCUGUUGAAGACAAUGUGAAAAAGAUUGUCGAAUACGCGACCAGUUGGAAAGCAGUCUUACUCAUUGAUGAAGCCGAUGUUUUCCUGGAAAAAAGAGAAAGCGGUGCGCGGGCGAAUCUAGAAAGAAACGCUUUAGUCGCAGUUUUCCUUCGGCGAUUGGAAUAUUGCCAGGGGAUAAUCUUUCUGACUUCCAACCGGGCAGAAUCCUUUGAUGGGGCAAUCAAAUCGCGAGUCCACCUAAUGCUCCAUUAUCCUGAGAUCGAUCAAACAGCUCGUCGACAGCUCUGGAAGUCACGGCUUGAAGAAGUACCUCCAGAUGAAAAUGAAGUCGACAUGGCAAGAUUUCCAGACUCACUCGCAAAAUACCCGAUGAAUGGACGGGAGAUAUCGAAUACUGUUGGCUCUGCUCUCACGCUUGCAAAAAGCGAAUCCCAAAAGCUGAACCAAAGACACCUCGACAUGGUGCUACGGAUCUGGCAAGAGUCGAACCCCAAGUGGACCCAAGGCUACAAUAUGCUACGAAUGGUAAUUCAUGUUGUCCUUUCCAUCUUAGCCACCGCAGUGAUUAUAGUUCUCGUGUUGUCUCGCCGAUAUCAGAUGUUUCGAAACGGAGAUGUCUUAAUCUUUUACCGGUGA